CUUAAGUACUCAUCCAAGAGUCACCCCAGUGGUGGUGACCACCGUCAUGACAAGAUGCGCGACACGGCAGAUCCUUCACCACCCAACAAGAUGCUGCGGCGCUCGGACAGCCCCGAGAACAAAUACGGUGACAACACAGGGCACAGUAAAGCAAAAAGUGUGCAUACUCACAGAGUUAGAGAGAGGGAUGGUGGGACCAGUUACUCUCCACAAGAAAAUUCACACAACCACAGUGCUCUUCAUAGUUCAAAUUCACAUUCUUCUAAUCCCAGCAAUAAUCCAAGCAAAACUUCUGAUGCAGCUUAUGAUUCUGCGGAUGACUGGUCUGAACACAUCAGCUCUUCAGGCAAAAAGUACUACUACAACUGCCGAACAGAAGUUUCACAAUGGGAAAAACCAAAAGAGUGGCUGGAAAGAGAGCAGAGACAAAAAGAAGCAAGCAAAAUGUCAGUUAACAGCUUUCCAAAAGAUAGGGAUUACAGAAGAGAGGUGAUGCAGGCGACAGCUGCCAGUGGGUUUGCCAGUGGAAUGGAAGACAAGCAUUCCAGUGACGCCAGCAGUAUGCUCCCACAGAAUAUUUUAUCUCAAACGAGCAGGCACAAUGACAGAGACUACAGACUGCCAAGAGCAGAGACUCACAGUAGUUCUACUCCAGUACAGCAUCCCAUCAAACCAGUGAUUCAUCCAACUGCUACCCCCAGCACUGUUCCUCCUAGUCCAUUUUCUCUACAAUCUGAUCACCAGCCAAAGAAAUCCUUUGAUGCUAAUGGAGCAUCUACUUUAUCAAAACUGCCUACAUCUGCAUCUUCCAUCCCUGCACAGAAAACAGAGAGAAAAGGGGUAUGUUGUAGUCCCACAAGGAGAUUGAAUAAAAUCCCUGGCUGAACUCUAGCUCAGCUGUUAGCUGUAGUCCUCUGCCCUCAAUGGCUGGCAGUAGUGGAGAGUUCCUGGGGAACUAUUUGACCUCUACCCUUUGGUUUGAAUGUUCCAGUCAGAAUCUGCUGCUUCUGUUUGUGCUCACU